AUGCAUUUCCAAUUCAAUCAAUCCACCGACCUCUUAACACCCAUCAUCCAUCAUGGUGGUGUUAAUAAGAGAAAUCCCAUCUUUACAUCAGAAGAUGUAUUUCUCUCUGAUGAUAACGAUGUUCAAUUUUCUUCGAUGAUGUCGAAAAAAAAUGAACAUCUAUUAGCAUCCGAAGAUAUCCCUUAUGAAAAUAAUGAUAAUAAUCAACAACAAGAUGAUUUAUUUUCAACAUUUGAUUUACCUGUUUUAAGUGACCUUGAGAAUGUCACAUUUGAGGAUUAUCUAACUAAAGCAUCAUUUCCAUGUUCAUCAAUAAAUAAUCAAAAUUCAUCAAUGUCUGAUGAUUCAGCAUUUUAUCCAGUAGAAGAUUCAACAUCUCCAUGGAUUGCUGGUGAAUGUACCGUUGAAUCAAAUUAUACGGAAGAUAUGAUAGUACCACCAUCACCAUCACUUUCAUCAGCAAGUCAUACGUCUUCAACAGUUGAAAAACGAUCAACAAAAAAACGAGAUCUUUCAACAAUUGACCGUAAAUUAAGAAAAAAAGAUCAAAAUAAAACAGCAGCUGAAAAAUACCGUAUUAAGAAAAAAAAUGAACGAGAUCAAUUAAACGCUCGACAUGCUGAAUUAAAAAAUCAAAACCACGAAUUACAUUUUCAAUUAGAUAAUUUAACAUUUCGCUUAGAACAAUUCAAACAAUUAUUUGUUGAUGUUGUUCAAUUACCAAUAUCACCAAAAUAA